AUGGCAAUUGAAAAACUUCUGCCUGUGAGCUCUAAUCUCCUACAGCUAAGCCAUGGAGAAAAUGAACGUGAGAUUUCCAAUUUAGGUAUCUCCAAGAUUGGCCAGAAGCUUUUGACUGAACUCUCCCAUACAAAAUUCUCAGGCCUGAGUGGGAAAUUCGAACUGGUUGAUGGUGAACUGAAACCUUUAGCAUUUGAGAUAUUCAAUAUGAUUGGAACAGGAGAUAGGACAGUUGGAUACUGGACUCCAAGUAGAGGAAUUUCCAAAAUAUUACGGUCAACUUCCGCAAAAGAACUCAAAACAAUUAUGUGGCCAGGAGAUACAUUAGUACCACCAAGAGGUUGGGCUAUUCCUUCAAGUGGAAAACUUAAAGUUGGGGUACCUAAGAAAGAAGGUUUCACUGAAUUUGUGAAAGUACAAGUAGAUCCUUUAACAAAUCAGCCUCAACUAUUACCUUUCAAGCUCGAUUAUGAGUUUGUGCCUUUUAUGAAUGCAAGUGGACAUCGUAAUGGGAGUUACACUGAUCUGCUUCAUAAGAUACUUGAUCAGACAUAUGAUUUUGUGGUGGGAGACAUAACAAUUCUGGCUGAUCGAGCUGCAUUUGUUGAUUUUACCCUCCCAUAUACUGAAUCAGGAGUUGUUAUGGUUGUCAAAAACAAAAUGAGCAUAGAUAUGUGGAUUUUCUUAAAGCCUUUAAGGUGGGAUCUUUGGCUGGCCAUCAUUGUAGCAUGUAUCUUCAUAGAAGUUGUUCUCAGAAUAAUGGAGCGUGAUCAAAGAAACAGCACUGAUGCUGGCUCUUCAAUGCCCCGUGGGCAACAAGUUGGCUUGUUCGUUUUUCCUAUUGCAGCUCUUGCAUUUCCUGAAAGGAAUAUGGUUUCUAACAACUGGUCAAGGUUUGUGUUAGUUGUAUGGCUAUUUGUGGCAUUCAUAUUGAUGCAAAGUUACACAGCGAAAUUAUCGUCAAUUUUCACUGUUGAUCAGUUGGAAUUUUCAUUUUCGGAGGAGUAUUAUGUCGGUCAUCAGCAUGGUUCUUUCACCAGAGGAUUUUUGAUUAAUGAACUGCACUUGAACGAGUCAAAGUUGAGGAGCUACAGAAGAUUCGAGGACUAUCAUGAUGCUAUGUCUCGAGGUAGCAGGAAGGGUGGUAUAUCAUGA